AGCCCAGUAACGCGCUCUUGUUCAUCGCACGGUAGCACCUGAACCCCCCUUUCUCCCUCUCUCUCUAGAAAGUUGCCCUACCUUACUUCUCUCUCUUCGAUCGAUCUAAAAUUUAAUUUCUCUAAUUUUCGACGCAUUUUUUCCAGCUUUGAAGGUCAACAAUGGCGGGUAAAUACAUCGUCGGCUCACUCGUUGGAUCCUUUUUCGUUGCUUAUGCUUGCGAUUACAUAAUGUCUGAUCAGAAGAUUUUCGGAGGAAGUACGCCAUCAACUGUAUCAAACAAAGAAUGGUUCCAGGAAACUGACAAAAGAAUGCAGGCAUGGCCUCGUACUGCUGGACCUCCAGUGGUGAUGAACCCUAUCAGUCGUCAGAACUUCAUCAUCAAGACUACUGAAUCUUGAAGGUUCUUAGUUUCAUGAUUUGAUUUACGUUUUUUUUUGUCGAUUGUUAUUAUCUUUAAUUGGAACAACAACAGGAUGAAAAUUGUAUUGAUGUUUUGAUUAGUAGAGUGGAACUCGUUCUAAUGGAUUUGAAAAUAAUAAUGUUAUGAAACCAAACAUGUUCUUACUUAAGAGAUUCUAUUGCCUUUGUUUUCU